UGUGAAAAACUCAAGGCAUCAGUUGUGAGAGCGCAGUGUGAUGUUUGGAAGUAUCCAGCUUUUGAACCAUGCCCCAUACCAAGGACAGCUGAGCAGAGGGGUAUAAGGACUAAAAGAGGACUGUGGACUAGAGCGCACCGCAAUGAAGACCCUACAGACGUGAAAGAGGCAAUCAAAGGGAGCGAGUACUACUACUUGAAAUAACAAGUGAGGCCUGGUACUGGAGUAGCCCUGUAGCAUCCGUCCUGAGCAGCAGCAGAUAUGCAGGGGCUGAUGUGGGCUCUAUGUUCCCUGCUCUGCCUCUCCGUCUGGGAUCAAAGUUACUGCCGGACCUCCAGGGAAGCCCACAGGAGCAGGGAGCCAUCACUGCAGCGAAGGAAACGAGCUCCCGCAGAUCCUGAUGCUAAAAAAUGUUCCUAUACAUUCCUGGUGCCUGAGCAGAGGAUCACAGGCCCAAUCUGUGCCAGCACCACAGGCCCGGAGCCAGACAAGGACCGGGUGACCCGUAUGGACAUUGCAGAUGUGCGGGAAGUGCUUAGCAAACAGCGGCGUGAGAUCGAGACACUGCAGCUGGUGGUGGAUGUGGAUGGGAACUUGGUGAAUGAGAUGAAGCUGCUCAGGAAGGAGAGCAGGAACAUGAACUCCAGGGUGACCCAGCUCUACAUGCAGCUGCUGCAUGAGAUCAUCCGCAAGCGGGACAACUCUCUAGAGCUGGCCCAGCUGGAGAACCGCGUACUGAACGUGACCUCAGAGAUGAUGCGGCUCGCCUCCCGCUACAAGGAGCUGGAAUCCCGCUAUGCCAACAUGGCCGCUGUGGUCAACAACCAGUCUGUUCUCAUCACUGCGCUGGAGGAGCAGUGCAUGAGAACCAUAGGGCGCGGUGAGCUGCCUGUUGUCCCACCACUGGUCCAGGUGGUGCCCCAGAACAUACCUGUCAAUCACCGCCUCAACAAUGAGAUACAGAGAGUCAACAGCAACAACAGGGCCUUCCCCCGAGGGUCCCGAAUGAACUCUCCUACCGCGAGUCCUUUAGGGGAUAAUCCAGCUCCAGACGGCACCCUUACCUCUGAUGGUCCGUUCAAAGACUGCUACCAGGUGCGUCAGGCGGGGCACAGCACGAGUGGGAUGUACCUGCUGAAGACUGAAGGCAGCGAGCGGCUCAUUCAGGCCUGGUGUGAACACAGCCUGGACAAUGGGGGUUGGACGGUGCUACAACGCAGAAAGGAUGGCUCUGUGAACUUCUUCAGAAACUGGGAGAACUACAAGAAAGGAUUUGGCAACAUUGACGGGGAGCAUUGGCUGGGACUAGACAAUAUCUAUAACUUGGCCAAACAAGGAGACUAUAGGCUGAUGAUUGAGCUGGAGGACUGGACAGGGAAGAAGGUCUAUGCGGAGUACAGCAGUUUCCGUUUGGAGUCGGAGAGUGAAGGAUACCGGCUCAGACUGGGAACGUACCAGGGCAACGCAGGAGACUCUUUCACCAGCAAUAACGGGAAACAGUUCACCACACUGGACCGGGAUAAAGACGCAUUUACUGGUAACUGUGCUCACUUCCAUAAGGGUGGCUGGUGGUACAAUGCCUGUGGUCAAACCAACCUGAACGGGGUCUGGUACAGUGGAGGGGUCUACCGCAGCAAGUUUCAGGAUGGGGUCUUCUGGGCCGAGUACGGGGGAGGAUACUACUCUCUCAAAUCAGUUCGCCUCAUGAUAAGACCAAUCGACUAAAAUUUACACGGGAUGGAAGCAAAUACCUAUAGGACAUUUGUACUAAUUAUCAGCACAUUCAUCUUGUAAAGUAAAGAUUCUCAGAGACAGGAGCAGGCCUUCAAAUUCCAAAGAUACAACUUUGACUCUAACCAAAAUGGAGACUAAUGGCUGCAUCCUGGCUAAGUAGUGACUGCUUUCCAGAUUCA